GCCUCCACUCGGGUCCUAGCGCGGCCGCGGCGGCGCCCUCGGCCUGAGGGGAGAUGGCGGCGGCCUGCUGGCGAGUCGCGCUGUACGGAUGCCGACGCUGGCGGGGCUUCAGCACCUCGGCCGCCCUGAGCCGCCGGGCCGCCCCGCUGGGGCCCAUGCCUAACGAGGACAUCGAUGUGAGCGACCUGGAGCGGCUGGAGAAGUACCGGAGCUUCGACCGCUACCGGCGCCGGGCGGAGCAGGAGGCGCGGGCCUCGCACUGGUGGCGGACCUACCGGGAGCAUUUUGUGGAGGAGACAGAUCCCAAAGACAAGAUUGAUAUUGGGCUGCCUCCACCCAAGGUCUGCUGGACCCAACAGCUGCUGGAACGGAAAAGGGUCAUCCGGGAGCUUCGGGCCAAUGCGGAAGAGGAGCGGGCUGCCCGUCUCCGCACAGCCAGCAUCCCACUGGAAGCUGUGCGAGCGGAGUGGGAGAGAACCUGCGGCCCCUACCACCAGCAGCGUCUGGCUGAGUACUACGGCCUCUACAGAGACCUGUUCCACAACGCCACCUUUGUGCCCCGUGUCCCCCUUCACGUGGCUUUUGCUGUGAAUGAGGAGGACCUGAUGCCUGUGUACUAUGGCAACGAGGUGACUCCGACUGAGGCUGCCCAGGCCCCAGAGGUGAACUAUGAAGCAGAAGAGGAUUCCACGUGGACAUUGCUGCUCACUAACUUGGAUGGACACCUGCUGGAGCCAGAUGCCGAGUAUAUCCACUGGCUGGUAACCAAUAUCCCGAGCAAUAGGGUGGCUGAAGGACAGGAGACCUGUCCCUACCUGCCCCCCUUCCCUGCCCGAGGCUCUGGCUUUCACCGCUUCACCUUCUUGCUCUUCAAGCAGGACAAGCCAAUCGACUUCUCCGAGGACACCCGCCCCUCGCCCUGCUACCAGCUGGCCCAGCGGACCUUCCACACUUUCGAUUUCUACAAGAAACACCAGGAAGCCAUGACUCCAGCUGGCCUGGCCUUCUUCCAGUGCCGCUGGGAUGACUCAGUUACACACACCUUCCACCAUCUUCUGGACAUGCGGGAGCCCGUGUUUGAGUUUGUGUGGCCUCCCCCCUACCACCCCAAGCAGAAGCGCUUCCCCCACCGGCAGCCCCUGCGCUACCUGGACCGGUACAGGGACAGUCAUGAACCCACUUACGGCAUCUAUUGAGGGGCCAGAGUGCCCCCACCUCAGAGGGUGGGCUGGGCCGGCAUGAACAGUGAAAACGCAGCUCCUGGGGUCAAGCUGUGGGGUUCUGGGCCCUGCCUGAGGCAGCCCCUCCCCUCAAGCCCAGGGCUUGGAGUACAAGGGACUCUCAGGGGGUCUGGGUAGGGGGUGUGAAUAAAGAUGAUUUCUGCA